AGGGAAAAAUAAGGGGGAGAAAAUAAGGGUGGAAUCUGGUGCUCGAUCGGGUCAAGAAAAAGCCGCGAGCUUUGAAACCCUUGUUUUCUCUCAUUCUCUCUCGUUGGAGAUCUAUUGGCAUUGAAUCCUUGAGGAAAAUUGGGGGAAUUGGGGAUUGGGAUCUGGAGUUAGGGUUGCUGGUGAUCGAUAGAGGAGAAAAGAAGAAGAGGAGGGACGGAUUCCUCAAAGAGAAACGAGGGAUUGGGGUGCCUGGUUGGCCUGGAGUGCCUGCUGGACAUCAUCAGGGCCCUGAGGAUGGGGUCCUGCUUGUCAGCCGACGGUGGAAGGGCUGGCCCUUCGCCGGUGACUACCCCAACGGGGAAGCGGCAGCGAAAGGGGUCGCGGAAGCGGGCUGGGUCGCGGAACUCGUCUUUUGAUGCUAAGCUGGAGCAGCUGCAUCGGCUUCCUGGAAGGAUGUAUUCUAAUGGCUCUAGUGGGAUCGCGUCCUUGUUUACUCAGCAAGGCAGGAAGGGGACUAAUCAGGACGCCAUGAUUGUUUGGGAGAAUUUUGGUUCAAGGAGUGACACUGUAUUCUGUGGAGUUUUUGAUGGCCAUGGACCAUAUGGCCAUAUCGUUGCAAGAAAUGUUAGAGAUUUUCUCCCUCUUAAACUGAGUGCUCAUUGGGAAGUGCAUAUGGGCAAUGAAGAAUACAGAGACAGCAGUAUGAGUAACGCUGGAAGCAUGAAUUCAGAUGAAAUUGCAUCAGUAAUUCUGGAAGAGGAGCUCACUGGUUCUGUUGAUCUUGAAGAAAAAGAGAGGCAUCCGGAGAUUUUUACGACAUUGAAAGCGUCCUUUCUGAAGGCUUUUAAGAUUAUGGAUAAAGAAUUAAAACUUCACUCAAAUAUUGAUUGCUUUUGCAGUGGGACAACAGCAGUCACAUUGGUUAAGCAGGGUCAGGAUCUUGUGAUCGGGAAUGUUGGGGAUUCAAGGGCUGUCCUAGGUACUAGGGAUCACAAUGAUUGCCUGCUUGCUGUUCAGUUGACUGUGGAUCUUAAGCCAAACCUUCCAAGGGAAGCAGAAAGAAUCAAAAGGUGCAAGGGGCGAGUGUUUGCUCUUCGGGAUGAACCCGAAGUGGCUCGAGUCUGGCUGCCACACAAUGACUCCCCAGGCUUGGCAAUGGCGCGGGCAUUUGGAGAUUUUUGUCUUAAGGAUUUCGGUUUGAUCUCCGUCCCUGAGAUCUCAUAUCGACGCCUUACUGAAAGAGAUGAAUUUAUCGUGUUAGCAACUGAUGGGAUAUGGGAUGUGCUAUCCAACAAAGAGGUGGUAAACAUUGUCGCCUCUGCCCCUACACGCUCGAUUGCUGCUCAUUCAUUGGUUGAAUCAGCAGUCAGAGCCUGGCGGUUCAAGUACCCAACAUCCAAAAUUGAUGAUUGUGCUGUUGUAUGUCUCUUCCUGGAUUCAGAUACAUCAAUUAGUGCUUCUAAUUGUAAAACUUCAGAACUAGGUGAUGAUCUGUUGGACAUGACAGAAGUUAUCAAUGACAAAGAAGCGAUGGUUGGUGCAGCUGGACUGGAUCGGUCCAGUACUGUCCGGGACAACCCUGAGAUACAGGCUGAGAGCCGGGUGACCAAUUUGCAAUUGAGGCGUCAAGCACGGCAUGAAAACCCAAAUGCACUAGAGGGAGACGAAUGGUCUGCCUUGGAGGGUGUCUCUAGAGCGAAUAGCCUGCUAACACUCCCAAGGGUUGUUGCAGGUGGGAAGCAGUCCCCACAAGGCAAGAUCAAACAAAUGAGCCCAAGUGAUGCAUGUUAAAAUCUGUGUUGCCUAAAAGGUUGCCGUGGAUGUCAACAGUUGUUUAUCUCGAUUGGAUUUCUUAAAGGUGUAGCAGCUCCCGCCUCCCGGCUUUAUUAGUGUGCCCGGGUGUGUCUCCUCCGACCGCCGCCUCCUUCCUCUUGUCUACAUAUCCAUAAUGAGUAGGAUUUGAAGUUUUUGUUAAGUCCCAACUCCAUCAGUAGUGUGAUUGUGAUAAUCAUUGUGUUCAUAAUAAUUUUGCCAUCAAGGGGAUCAAUGUCUUGAGUUUUUGGUUGUAAUUCUUUAAUCUCUUCAUGAUGUAAUGUAUUCGUAUUAUUCUGCAUCAAUUCAAAGAAGACUUGCUUUAUUUAA